AUGGUCCUUUCACCCGCGAUCCGUGUCGCGAGGACAGCUUCUCAGCGCUCGACGUCUCUGUUGCGAGCAAUUCAGUUCGGCCAUCCUCCCAGCUGCCCUUGUCAUUCGAAUCCCAACCAUCACCAUGCUCCUGCAGCUUUUGGUGAGGCCCGAAGAAGACUAGCGACUCCCAUUGACAGCUCGCGAUCCAAAGAGUAUGCGUUCGAGAUGGCCGCCAGCUCGAUCCGCUUCGGACCUGGCUGCACAAAAGAGGUGGGCAUGGAUUUCAAGAAUCUAGGCGCCAAGCGGGUCUGCGUUGUCACGGACGGGAAUGUGUCCAAGUUGAACGCCAUGAAGCAAGUCGUUGAAGGGUUGACCAACGAAGGGAUCGAGUUCACCGUCUACGACAAGUGUCGGGUCGAGCCCAAGGACAGCUCGAUCAAAGAUGCCAUUGCUUUUGCCAAACCAUAUCAGCCAGAUGCUUUUCUCGCUGUGGGAGGAGGUUCGGUCAUUGACACGGCCAAAUUGAUGAACUUAUACACUUGCUUCCCGGAUGCGGACUUCCUGGAUUUUGUCAAUGCGCCCCUCGGUAAGGGGUUGCCAAUCACAGGAAAACUCAAGCCGCUUGUGGCUGUCCCGACUACGGCUGGCACAGGGUCAGAAACGACGGGAACAGCUAUCUUCGAUCUGGUUGAGAAGCGGGCCAAGACCGGUAUUGCCCAUCGAAACCUCAAGCCUACACUGGGCGUUGUGGAUCCACUCAAUACUCGCACUAUGCCAUCAGCUGUUCAUGCUUCUUCUGGCUUGGAUGUGCUGUGCCACUCACUGGAAUCGUGGACCGCCAUCCCUUACCAUGAGAGAUCACCGAGACCCACAAAUCCAAUCAAUCGCCCAGCCUACCAAGGCGCAAAUCCUAUUUCGGAUAUUUUCUCGUUGAAUGCCCUGAGAUCGACAGUCAAAUACUUGCCCCGAGCAGUCAAAGAUCCCGAAGAUCACGAAGCCCAAAGCGAAAUGCUUCUUGCAGCGACGCUGGCGGGUGUCGGCUUUGGCAAUGCUGGUGUCCAUCUUUGCCACGGCAUGAGCUACCCGAUCAGUGGUCAGAACCCCGGCUACAAACAUGCUGGCUACCAGGUUGAGACACCUAUAAUCCCCCAUGGCGUCAGUGUUGCUGUAACUUCUCCGGCAGUAUUCAAAUUCACCGGUCCAAGCAAUCCGGAGCGGCAUCUGGCUGCGGCAGAAGUGUUUGGCAAGGAUAUCUCUAACGUCAAGAAGGAAAGCGCUGGCGAAGUUCUGAGCGAAGCAUUGACAGAAUUUCUCAUCGGCUUGGGAGACCAACCUCGAGGCUUGAAGCAUUUGGGUUUCACGCGUGAGAGCAUUGACGAUUUGGUGGAGGGAACACUGCCUCAACAGAGAGUCCUCAUGUUGGCACCCAAAUUGAGCGCGGAAGUGAACGAGGAAAGAGAACAGCUGAGGGGAUUGUUUGAAGAGGCACUGGAGUAUUGA